AUGUCAGUGUCUCCAGAGGCCAGCAGCAGCCCACAGAAUCCAGAGAUGCCCGUGAACCAUCAGGAUGGAGGCGGGAGGACCUUCAAGGCGGCGGCCCUGAUCCAGAGGUACCGGUGCUACGUGGCCCGGCUGGAAAUGCGGCGGCGCUGUACCUGGAGCAUCUUUCAGUCCAUAGAGUAUGCCGGGCAGCAGGACCAGGGCCAGCUGCACGACUUCUUCAGUUACCUUGUGGAUCACUUCACUCCCAGCAGCUGCCAUGAGGGGGACAUCCUGAGCCGCAUGCUGACUGAGCAGAGCCAUCCCCAGGAUUCGGAGCUGGAUACCUGCAGUGAUUAUAAAGCCAUAGAGGUGCCUGCCAACUACACAGGGCCACGCCUGUCCUUCCCGCUGCUUCCUGGCCACGCCACUGCCCUGGUGGAAGCUUUUAGGCUUAAACAACAGCUGCAUGCUCACUACGUCCUGCAUCUCCUGCAUGAGACCCAGAGGCACCUGGCGCAGCUACCAAACAUCACCCGGAUGUCAAGCUGCUACAGUGAGGAGCUCACAGUGUGUGGAGACUUGCACGGCCAGCUGGACGACUUAAUAUUCAUAUUCUACAAGAAUGGCCUCCCGUCGCCAGAGCGGGCGUACGUGUUCAACGGUGACUUCGUGGACCGAGGCCAGGACUCAGUGGAGAUCCUGAUGGUUCUAUUCGCCUUCAUGCUGGUUUACCCCAAAAAGUUCCAUCUGAACCGAGGGAACCAUGAGGACCACAUGGUGAACCUGCGAUAUGGUUUCACCAAGGAAGUGAUGCGUAAAUACAAAAUACAUGGCAAGAAAAUAUUAAUGUUUCAGGAUGUGUUCUGCUGGCUUCCGUUGGCCACGCUAGUUGACGAGAAAGUCCUGAUUCUUCAUGGUGGAGUGUCGGACAGGACUGACCUGGAGCUUUUGGCUAAAUUAGACAGACACAAGAUUGUCUCCACUAUGAGGUGGCCGACGCCCAGGGAGCCCAAGAGGCCAGCAGAGGGGCCCCGCCUGCCCAGUGCUGCACCGUGUCCCCCGCAGAGACCCAUACCCUGGUUCCUGCCCCAGAGCCGCUCACUCCCCUCCUCACUGCUCCAUGCUGGCCCAGACAGCAGGACCUACAGGACUGGCCGGUCCUGCAGCGUCCCCUGCAGUGUCCCCCUGGACCCCCGGGAGCUGUCCCUGAGGGGACGGCGCUCUGUGAAUUUAGAACUGGACCCGGGCUGGCAGCAAGCGGGCUCCCCUAGCAUCCAGGAGCAGAAGGAACCCUCGCCUGCAGCCCCCGAGGAGGCCCUGGAUGAUGGAGAGCUGCAAGGGCCCACCCAGGAGGAGUGGCAACAGGUGGUGGACAUCCUGUGGAGUGACCCCAUGCUGCAGGAGGGCUGCAAGGCCAACACUGUCCGUGGAGGGGGCUGUUACUUUGGGCCUGACGUGACUGAGCAGUUUCUGCAGAAAUACAGCCUGCAGCUCCUGAUCCGAUCCCACGAGUGCAAGCCUGAAGGCUAUGAAUUCUGCCACAACCGCAAGGUGCUGACCAUCUUUUCUGCCUCUAACUACUACGAAGUUGGCAGUAACAGAGGGGCCUACGUCAAACUGGGGCCAGCCCUGACUCCACACAUCGUGCAGUAUCAAGCCACCAAGGCCACCCACACACUCACCUUGCAGCAAAGUGAGCAGCGUUCUGACUUGAUCAAUGCCAAUCACCCCCCUUUAGCAGUUGCAGGCUUUGAGGCACAGGCUGGCCCAGGGUCAGCAGAGCGGAGCAGUCGGCAGUCGGCGCUGAGAGCGCUGAGGGAGAAGCUGUUUGCCCACUCUUCAGACCUCCUGCGGGAAUUCAGGAAGUAUGACAGGAGCCAAACUGGUGUGAUCAGCUGGAGCGACUGGGCAGCGGCUCUGGAGGCCGUGCUGCACCUGGGGCUGCCGUGGUGGGUGCUGAGGCCGCAGCUGGUGAAUGGCAGUGUGGGCAGCGCUCUGGACUACUCGGCCUGGCUGAAGGACCAGGCCAAGGACCGGCCCAGCCCUGAGAACAUCCAGUCGAGUUUGCUAGAAACUCUGUACCGGAACAGAUCCAACCUGGAGACCAUCUUUAGGAUCAUAGACAGUGAUCACUCAGGGUUCCUUUCCCUGGAUGAGCUCAGGCAGGCUUGGAAGCUGUUCAGCUCAUACAUGGGCACUGUCAGCACCGAGGACUGCAUCUGCGACCUGGCCCAGAGCAUCGACUUCAACAAGGACGGCCGCGUGGACAUUAAUGAGUUCCUGGAGGCCUUCCGCCUGGUGGAGCAGUCCUGCUCGGAGGGUGCCACCUGCGACCCCGUGAAGGACAGCAGCUGCAGCGGCCCCUGGGCACCCUGACAGCCUGGGUCCCUCUGGCCCCAGGGCGGUGUCCAGCUCAUGGGAACUUGACCUUGCCAUUGCAGUGCACGAGGGUCACCUUGCACUUGGAUUUCGAGGGGCAGAUGGUAUGUAUGGGUGCACAUAUGUGUGCGCAUGUGCACAUGUGUGUGGGUGUGUGUUUGUGUGUGCAGGUGUUUUUAAGGUACAUAGAAGCCCACCCCAACUCGAGUAUGAGUAUUUUUAAAUUCUGAAGUCUCCUGCAGAUUAAGGAGACUGGUAACCCCGCUCCUUCUCUGUUUUCAUUUUAUACCUUUUGUUUUUUAGGGGUGGGUUGGAGAUAAGGAUUUAAACUGUUCUUUUACAUACAUUUUUCUUUAAAACUCUAAGAUGAACAUUUGUUUAUGUGAUAUGAAAUGAUUUAAUAUCUAAGGACAAACAAGACUGACAUUCAAUGGAGAACAAUAAAUUUACCUUGAUUAAUCACAAAAA